AUGAACAUACCCUCGCCGCGGCUUUGGCCGCUGUUUUUCCUCGUUCUCUCCAUCGCCGCUCUCGCCUCCGCCCGCCACGCCCAAGAAGAAGCUCCCGCUCACGCCUACGAUGACCAACACCGCCAGCAGGUGCUCGCAGACGCGGGCUGGCACAAGGAAGCCCAGGGAAGCCCCGAGCGAGGCGCAUCCGAAUUUCACCAAGCAGCAGCUCUCCUUCACACCAUCCGCCCCUCGAGCAGUCGCCUGACCACCUUGACCAAGCCAACCGGCGUGCUGGGCUCGACCGCCUACUAUGCGAAGGAGCUCUUUUUUCUCCUGUUCAUGAAUGGCCCGCCCCAGCGCGAGCCUCUGUCCACCGGCGACCAUCCCAAGAAGCUAAGCCAGCCCCUGGCCGAUGCCACCAAACUGCUGGAAGCCGCCGCCGCGCAGAAGAACCCCGACGCCAUCUUCCUCCUUGCCGAAAUGAACUUCUACGGGAACCACACCCACCCCCGCGAUUAUCACGAAGCAUUUCGAAGAUACCAGGAGCUGGCCAACCUUGACGGGAAUGCCACUGCCCAGCACAUGCUUGGUUUGAUGUACUCUACCGGCGUUGGUGGAGCUGUUGAAAAAGAUCAAGCGAAGGCUAUGCUGUACCACACAUUUGCGGCUGAAGGCGGAGACGUCAGAUCGCAGAUGACUAUCGCUUACCGCCACCAUACUGGAAUUGCCACACCGCGAGACUGCGACGAGGCUGUGUAUUGGUACAAGAAGGUCGCCGACAAGGCGGUGGAAUACAUGCGUUCUGGUCCGCCUGGAGGCCAUGUCAUGAUCAAGGAGGCCUAUCGUAUUGCCGACGAUGUCGGUGGUGUCUAUGGAGAGGGUGCUAGCGUGAGCAGCGCGGGGCCCAAUGCGAAGAUUGGAGGCGCGGCUUCCGACACCCACGCAUCGUUCGAUGAUGUGUUGGAAUACUUGGAUCUCAUGUCCAGGAAGGGAGACCACAAGGCAACGUUCAGCUUGGGGAAACUCCACUACGACGGUUCCAGAGAGCUGAAGCGUGACCUUAAGGCGGCAAAGUCGUAUUUUCUGGACGUGGCAAGAGUGUACUGGAGCAAGGACGGGAAAGAGAACAAGGAUGCCCCUCCUGGUGUCGAGCGUUUGGCCGCAAAAGCUGCCGGCUACCUUGGCCGCAUGUUCCUUCGCGGUGAGGGCAUUGAGCAGAGCUACCCGAUUGCCCUUACAUGGUUCAAACGUGGUGUCAAAUACGGCGACUCACUCUCCCAGUUCUCUUUGGGCAUCAUGUACUUGGAAGGGCUCGGCGUGGAGGCAGAUCCUGUGAAAGCUGCCGACUACUUCGGAGCGGCGGCCGAUCUGGAUCUCGCGGCCGCACAAGUUCGCCUCGGUGCACUCUUCUUGGAUCAAGGCGAUGUCCCCGUCGCCACCAAGUACUUCGAUCUUGCUGCUCGCAACGGCCAUUUCGAGGCAUUCUACUAUCUCGCCGAACUCGCCAACCAAGGAGUCGGUCGCGACAAGUCAUGUGGGAUGGCUGUCACGUACUACAAGAUCGUUUCCGAAAAAGCCGAGGCAGUCGUCUCGCCGAUUCGCGAGGCCAACGAAGCGUAUGAAGCUGGCGACUCCGAGUCAGCUCUUAUUGGCUAUAUGAUGGCCGCCGAACAAGGUUUUGAGGCCGGGCAGGCGAACGUUGCCUACCUCUUGGACCAGUCCCGGCCGCGUCUGUCGCUCGACAAGAUCUUGCCUGUCGCCAAGCGCCAGGUGAAGCUUGUUGGGGAUGCAGCCCUCGCGCUCAUUUACUGGACACGCUCGGCCAAGCAGUCCAACAUUGAUUCCUUGGUCAAGAUGGGUGACUAUUACCUCGAUGGACUGGGCACGCCAGAUGGAUCCGAUCAGGAGAAGGCGGCAGCCUGCUAUCAAGCAGCCGCGGAGACAAUGCAGAGUGCCCAGGCUUUCUGGAAUCUGGGCUGGAUGCACGAGAAUGGCAUCGGCCUAGACCAGGAUUUCCAUCUGGCCAAGCGAUUCUACGACCAAGCUCUUGAGACCAACAGAGAGGCCUACUUGCCCGUCAAACUCGCGCUAAUGAAGCUCAGAGCGAGAAGUUGGUGGAACACCGUCACCCACGGCCGCAUCAACUCCAUUCAAGAUGAUCCCGAACCCAGCAAACCCCGGUCACUCGCUGAAUGGCUCACUACGUUUCUCGAAAACGGUGAUGCCGCUUACUACGAGAACAUGGAAAUCGACGACUGGGAGGAUGGAACGGGCUUUGCGGACGACUACUACGACGACAUCGAUGAGAGCAUUAUUGAUACGGUUGUUAUUCUCGGUCUCGCUGGUGUUUUGGCUUUCCUGGUCUACUAUCGGAACCAGGCAGCGGAACGCGCACGACGUUUAAGAGAGCAGCAAGAGCGAUUACAGCAACAGGCCGGAGGUGUUCACCAGGGGGAAGGGGCUAAUAAUGGCCACAAUGGGGACGAGAGACGGCAGGAUGGUCCUCCAGCUAAUGGCGGAUUCUUCCCACCCCCCGAUGACCCGAAUUUUAACGCUUGGGUCGCGGGUGGUGUGGGGCACUGA